AUGCUUGACAACUGGUGUAUUUUAGGGAUAGCCAGCUUCGGUGCUUUAUUGCAUGGAUGUUUACGUCACCGCUCACUGCCUAAUUCAUCAAUGCCAAUUAUCCUGAGUGCAUCAUGUAUGUAUCCUAUUGGAGGUAACAUCCCAAUGUCACCUAAUCAUCUGCAUCGAAAACAACAUUGUCAACAACAACAACAACAAUAUGAAAGCCAACCUAGAACUUUGCUAAUGAAACCGUUAACCAGACAUUAUUUUAUACCAGAAGAUGCCUAUUUUACCAGUGACCAUUGUUACCACGUUAAUUCCGAUAACAGAAUUUGUAAUUGUGGCAAAACCACUGAAAGGUGGAACAAAAGAAACUUAGAUUAUUUACUACAAAUAAACCAAUUACAAGCUAGUAAUGAUUUUAAAUCCACUCUUCUUCAGGAGAAUGAAAAUGCAGAAUAUCCCAGUAACACAUCACCAUCGCUGGCAAUCACAGUAUCAGUUGCAGCUUCAGCACCUUCUUCAGCAGUGCAAGAUAACAAUAACACUGCCAAUGAACAUUCAUUUGAACCCAGAAACAAAUUAACUAAUUCUGUUCCUUGUAAACUAUGUAGAAUUAACUCAUAUCCGCGUCAUUAUGUAUAUCAAAGUGAAUAUGCCAAUAAAUUAGAAAAAUGUUUGGAAUAUCAAGCUCACGGGUCGUGCACAUAUAAGGAUACAGACCUUAACAAAGAACACUAUGUAAAGAAUAGCUUUCAUUCAAACAAUAUCAACAAUUGGUCGACGAUAGAUGCGCCAAACUCUUCUUCUGUCGGUAUCAUUGAAAAACCAUUACAAUCUACACAUUCUCAUUCCUUGUUUUAA